CGUUGCUCUGUGUCGAACAAAAUCUCGCGUUUCUAGAGGAUUCUCUUCCCACCUUCCAGCCCAUGUCGGUUAUAGACGAAGACAUCGACAAUGAAACGCUUCAGGCUCAAAUAGAUCUCUCCAUGUCCUUCACCGACAACCUGGUUGCGUCUUGGAUAAAACCUUCGGCUAAGCAUGGGAAAUCCUCCAGUAGCACCUUGGAGUCAGAACUCAAGGAGUACAUGCGCCGACCACCGAGGCUCGGUGUUGGUGCGCCAUUACCGGAACUCGCCAACUCCUCUCGAACGGCAGAUCGUCUGAAAUCUCGUCUCACGGACAAGGGGAAGAAACGUGCACGAGAAGAGGAAGAGGCGGAAGCGCUCAAAGAGGAUCUGGAGGAUGUCCGAGGCUCGUCCGGCGUGAAGAAGGCGCGAAUAGAUCCUUUUGCCGGCAAUGGCAAGAAGAAAAAGAAAAUCACAGCGGUGCCUCAGAAGGACGAAACAAAAUCUGCUAUGGUUCUUGAAGAAAAACCCUCUGUCGAAGAGAGGAGGGAGGAGAUAUCGGAACGGGCCGAGACAAUAAUGACAGCCAAGAAGAAGAAGAAACGGAAGAAGGAGGAGAAAAGCAAUACGGAGGAGAACAUAGCCCUCGCCGGGGUGCCUGUUUCUAAACUCGUCGUGCCUCUCCCAAUCCCAAGUACCACUGUCGCCCCCAACAGAUCUCCUGCUGGCACCGACCACAAGACAAAGGGACCAUCAAGUUCUCCGACCAUUGAGAGACCGUCCCUGACUGCAGCCACUGCACCGGGCCAUCCGUCGAUAUCCAUCACUGGUCCGAUAUUGAACCUUAAUGGCCCCCCUCCUCAAAGCGAUGAAUCUGAUGUAGACAACCGAGAUCCUGCCGCCUCCAAAAAGAAACGCCGAAAGCGGAAUAAAAAGAAAAAGAAAAGCCUACUGGCUGUUCCACAGGAUGACGGUCCAACAUCAUGA